GUGCAUGUCAGUGGCCAUUCGACCGCCUUCAACAACACAUAAAACAUUUCAAUACACAUCCACACCUUCUCAUGCAAGCAAACAAGAACUCUCUUGCUGCUCGUGUUCUCUGGUUUCUCGUUUCUCAUUUCUUUGUGUUAGUGUAAACGUGUGUGCGUGCGCGCUGACAAUGAGCCGCGACUGUGAUAAGUAAUCCGCGAAACCCUUCCUUGUCGCAAACGCGUAGUGGCAGUGGAGAAAGAUAGGUGCGAGUGUGAAGUGACUGGGCGAGUCUCUACUUUAAUGACUCGCGUUUUACGUGGGCCGCAAGGAGCCGGAGUUGAUCGAAAUUAUGUUCAAUGUACCACCCAAGUUCUACGAGCUGUGUCGCCUUUGUUUAUCGUCGGACGGUGUUAGGUUUCCCAUAUUCGAGGAUGAAGGCGCCGAAGGAAACUACGCCGACAAGAUCCUGACGUGCCUUUCAAUUACGGUGAAAGAUGGCGAUUCAUUGCCACCAAUCCUUUGCCAUCAUUGCAAAUACAAAUUGGACGUGCUACACAAUUUUCGUGAAGUUUCACGAAAAUCCGACGUCAUACUCAAACAGUACCUGGAUUAUGCCAAGCAAUUAUCGUCGCUCGACGACCAGGAAAAGUCUUUCUCCACUGCCAAAGUUGCAGAAAUAAGUCCGCUCCAAUCGUUUCUUCAGCUAAACAAAACGCUGUUCAACGAGGAGCCUAAUUCUCCGGCCAGCAUUAAUCAAAACGUUAUACCUCAGACACAAACGCAUCACCUUGAAUUACGGGCCCAGGAUAACAACGAGCAGGAAAAUGUCAAGUGCGAGCCCGAUGAUGAUUCAUGUUCAAAUAGCUCGGAUCCGGAUCGUUUAGAAAUUGAGGAUCGCGAGGAAAUUGACACCGAUGGUGAGGAAAAUGGUUACGACAUGACGGUAAAUAAAAGGAUCAAAUUGGAGAACAACAGCUAUGAUAAUAAUACAAAAGCAAGUAAUUCGCCUAUUAGAAGUCCCAUUAAUCGAAUGGACACACCCGAAAGUAAUUGCUCCGAUUCGCAUAUUGAUCAGGAAACCACGAAACUUUGGCAACAGUUGACCAGCAGCAAUAGGAAUCUCGAGAUCACCAGGACAAACGGUGACAAGCUGAACAAUGGCUUCUCAGGGGAGGCAACAAAUCUUUUGAGAUCGCUUAUUAACAACCGUCAAAUCGGUAUAACUGCUGUCGAUUCCGAUGGAGUAUCUCCGCAAAUCAGAUUUUACAGGGACACUCAAGGAACGACCGUCGAACGAACAAUGCCAGAUUGCUCGGUUCUUGGGAAUCGAACUAAUAUAUCGUGUAUAGAAAACAAGAGUGCCUCUAUUGAUAGUAAUCCAUCCAGUCCCGCGAGUAUCGGACGAAAGGAAACAAAAGGGAGACGAAAACAAAGUUAUCCUAGUAAAGCACCAACGAGUCCUGGAAUUGUUAAUUACCAACAUGAGUCUAAUGAAGAACAAGCUCAAGACUUCACUUCGUGGUCCACGAAAGCGAAGGUUAAGACGGAAGAUCAGAAACAGCAAAUCGAUCAGCAAGGUGGUAAUAUGACGAAAAAAGUGGACAUGUCUUGUACAAAUUGUGGUACGAUGACAACAACAAUUUGGAGGCGAAAUAUGAAGGGUGAAAUGGUUUGCAAUGCGUGUGGCCUUUACUAUAAAUUGCAUGGCAUUAACCGUCCUGUAACGAUGCGAAGGGAUACCAUUCAUACUCGUAGACGACGACCUAAAGGAGAAAAACCCACAAGACAUCGAAAGAAAGGAGACAAUCUUCAUCCAACACAGACUGAUCAUAUGGACGCAGAAAGUGCUGAUAUGUUGGCUGCUCUUCGACGUCAAAUCCAACCUCAUUUGAUGAUGGCAGCGCUAACUACUCCACCACGGAUACCCAGUGCUCACGUUCCUCCUUCUGCGCAAAUGAACUAUUCCCUUCCAUUGUCGAGUUUUCUUCCGAUGGCCAAUAUGAAGUCGGAGGGUCGGGAUCAUCGGGUGUCUUCCGAAGAUGGUGAUGAAACGGAAGACGGUAUUGAGGACAGUGUUUCGGAUGUUCCAUUAAAUUUAGUUGCAACUUCUCUCUCGGAAGGAGCACACUGAAGAAUCUCAAAAACUGCCGAUAAUUCGUCAAUAGAUACUUGUCAAUCAAAAUUUGGACACAUUUUUUAAUUUGUUCAGAUAAAAUAUGUACGAGGAACCCUGAAGAGUAAGUCUUUAUUUUUCUCGUACAAAAUCUCGUAUACUCUUAUUUCCAGAAUCUUCCAUAUUGGAUUGGAGCAUAUAUAUAUUAUACAUACAUAUGUAGCAUUAAAGAGAUCGUAACUGAAAGAAAAGAAAAAACAAACUAUAAUUACAAUCUAGCCCGUGGUAUAGAACGUGUCAUGAAAAAAAGAAGGAUAAAGAAUUGAACAAAAAUGAUAUUAAAAUACAGUAUUAAAAUAUAAUGUUAUUCAAAAUGUACAUAUAUAUACAUACACUCGUAUAAUGCAAAAGCAAAAGAGUAUUUUUAUAUGAAAUUUUUCUAUGUUCCAGACUUGAAAUGUCAGGAAACUUGUAUAUAUGCGCGACGAUAAUUUUUUUUUUGGCGUUGUUUGAUCUCAAAAAGAAAAAUGAAUCAAGCUCACUAACUUAUUUUCGUAUGAUCAUGACUUUUGUUUUAUUUUUGAAGAAAAAAAGAAAAUUAUCAUUAAGGUCUCUCGUAUCGUUUUGUUCCACGGGCUGACAAAAGUUCUCAACGUAAUUCAUUGUAAUACUCUCUCCGUUUUUAAUUUUUAAGCACAAUGUGAAUUACCCCAGUUACUGUAUUAUUAGAGAUCAAAAUUUUAUUUUUUGUUCUAUUGGUUGAAAAAGAGAAAGUAGAUAUUCCCCUUUUGAUAAUGAAAAAAAUUCUUAAGAUUGAAAAAUUUUACUGUUUAUCGGAUUGAACACGAAAAACAUUUUUUGUUGUCUGUAUAAAAAUUCGUAAAUUUAAUUUUUAAAGUACAACGUAUAUUUAUUUUGAUAUAAUAUCUAUGUGAAAUGAGGUAGAGACUUGCGAUUUUGUCCUUAUUAUAAAAUUACGGAGAAUUUACUUACAGAGAAUUGUAUUAUAGUGGAUGUAGAUAAUCUUUUUGAUACGUUGAUUUCGCCAACUGGCGUUUCAAGAUAUUAUAGAUACUCUUAAAAAUCUCUAACUCGUACGUACUUAAAAACAAAAAAAGAGAGGAAAAUAGCAAAAAUAAUUAAUUUGCUUAAUGUGAGCCAACACUUUUUUAGAGAGAAAAAACGGUAGACGUACUUGAUAACAAUAAUACUCGUUGGAUCAAAAAAUUUUUUUUUUGAUCCAAAAAUCUCGAUGAAAUUCAGGAUAUACCUGUAGGUGACAUACGAUUUUAUAUACAAAACGUUAAAAGUAAUAAAGUUUAUUGCUCUUUUGCCGUCGUUUCCUGGUUCAUGAAAUUAAUCAAAAAAAAAACUUAAGCAAAACUUUUUCGUCAAAGUACAGAAAGAAGAGAAAGUAAUAUUUUUUUAUUUACAAUUUUUCUCGAUCAAUAUCGUUCGUUUUAAUGAAUUUUACUUUAAUCGAUUUUAAAUUCAAUGUUGAAUUUCAAUUUAUUUUAGUAUUUAAAAUUAUAAUUAAAAUUUAAAUUGAAAUGCUUCUCAAAGUCCCUGUCAAAAAUUAAUCUUAUUGAAAAAAAUAAAACAAAAAAUUAUUUUUCAAUUUUAUUUAUUUAAAAUUUUUUUGGUAUUAAUUUUUGUCAGAAAUUACAUUAAGACAUACACUGAAUGUUUUAAUAACAAUUUUUUUUUUAAUAAUUGUGAUAAAAAAAUGUUAUUUUAAACUUUUAAUGGUAAACGAAGUAUUUUUUUUAACAAAGCAAAUGUAGAAUAACUUUGAAUUAUAAUUGAUUUUUUUGAGUACUUCUGUCAAUGCAGCUUUUCAAGAAUGUACAGAUUAUGUUUAUAAGCGACCACACAGGUAUUAAGCAAAGUUAAAUAGUGCAUAAUACUAUGGCCAGUGCAUCUACUCAUAUAUUAUUAUUCCUUAAUGUCGUAUACCUAAACAACUUUGCCAAAAAUAGAUUUAGUCUUGUAACAUAGAUUAUAGUUAAGGGCAUACAACAACAACAACAACAAAAAUUAUGUUUUAUUGAUAUUUUUUUCUUUCUUUCUUUCUUUAUCUAUUCACGGAUAUACAGUUCUUUUUUUCUACGUCAUCUCUCUUCUUUGAACAUAGUCUUGCAUUGGCGGUGGUACUCUUUAAUAUUUUGAUUUUAUAUUAUAUUUUUAAAGCGCUUAUUAAGAAAAAAAAGUUAAAUUUAUACGUGACAGGAACGACGUGGCAUUAGUCGUUAUCCAAGGAGCCUUAUAUACACUUGUAUAGAUAUAUAAAUAUAUAUAUACAUACAUACAUAUAUAUUUAUAUGUAUACAUUAAAUGAUACAAAAAUGCAUUAUAUUAUUAUUCUAUAUAUAUAUAUAUCAAUACGAUUAAAAAUAUUCCUUCAUAAGAAUUUACAAGUUCGCUGUGAAGUUUAUUAUUAUUUUUUUAAUAAUAUGCGAUUCAAAGAUAAAAUAUUUUUUAUCAAGUCUUUAAAUUAAAAAAAAAAUGUUAAACCUUUUGUCACGUAACGGUGAAUACUGUUUGUUAAUCUGGCGAUGGAUUUUAAAUGAAAAUACAUUGUUUAUGAAAAUCGGUUAUCAUAAAUGAAAAUUUUUUUUUUGAAUAUUUCAUUUAUAAAGUUUAAUUAAUUUAAUUACUAGAUUAAUAAUUAAUGAAUACUUAAGAAAAAAUUAAAUUAUUUUAUUUAUUAAAAAUUAUUUUUCGGAACAUAAUUUAACUUGUUUAUAAGUUUAAAUAAUAUUUUGUGUUACAAUUAACUUGAUAUUAUCUCUUGAUAUUUAAAGAAAAUAAAAAUAUUCUCUCGUGAUAACAUUCUAUGCUAAGUUAACUUAAUACAUUUUUAUUUUUAAAUUCAACAUUUUUUUUCAUUUAAAAGCCAUCGUUAUAUGUAUAUAGAAAAGUAAUUUUAAUUUAAAGCAGAUUUUUUCUGAUUUAAUGAAAUAAAAAAAAAGGUUUUCACCACCAUACGAGAAUAUAAAAUUAUAAAAUAUGACGUGAUUGAUAAUCAAAAUUCAACUGGACUUGAAACUGAUUGAUUUUUAAAAAUUAAUUAAUAUCUUUAUUAUUUGUUGCAAAGAUUUAAAAAAAUAAAAAAAAUCCCCCGAUAGAAUCGCUGAUUGCGGCAUUGAUAUAGGUAAACGGACAGUUUAAUUGUUAGGCAUUUUUUUUGCUAGGUUUGGCUCACCUCGUAUUGUUAAAGCGUGACAAUUAUUAUCAUGUCUUACUCUUUAAGGAAGUAAGAUUUUUCUCGAGUAGGUUAAGUUUUAUUAAGCUCUCUACUAAUGCUGAAUACUAGAAGAUAUUUUUAUAACUUUAUAUCAACUGACCGAGUAUUGCUAUUUUAUUAAUGAUAUUAAUUGAUCUAUGAAUAAGAAAAAAAGAAAAAAGAAAACAAAAUGUUAAAACUAGUGUCCUUAUGACUUGUAAGUAUAAUACUUACAGGAAAACGCCAUGGGUUUUAAACAGAAUUUUUUUUUUUUUUUUUUUUUUUUUUUUUUUAUUUAGCAGUGGUAGUUGAGGCUUCUUUAUAGAUUUUUUAUAUCAGUAUUCCAUACCUUUGAUUUUAGUCGUUAAGUUGAAAAUUGACCCUUACUUAAAAUGAAAGGAAAAAAAGAAAACCCCAACAACAAUCACAUACUUAAUUAUUAAAUUAUUUAGUGUUUUUUUGUACUAUUUUUACAACUUUUAAUUAUUAUUAUUAUUAUUAUUAUUAUAUUAUUUAAACGAUAACUUAUUACUUUAUUUUUAUUUUUCUCCUUUGUUUACACCAACAUUUGCAUAACAUUUGGCAGCGACUGGCUUAAUUUAUUCUAGUUUAUUGUACUUUAAGAUUUUCACCUUAUCGUUUUAUUUAUACUGUCAGAUAUACUCUGUGACAUUAAAUUUUUGUUUAUUUCUCAUUGUACGGACGGUCAUUGCUUUACGUCUCGUAAAUUUUUGUCAAAAAUGAAAAAAUCACGCCACGAACUUGUCAAUUUGUUAAAAAUGCGUCGAGUGUAAAUUGUAUAUAUUAUUAUUAUUAUUAUUAUUAUAUAUAAAGCGAAAAACAAAAAUUGUUCGAAUAUUAAAUAAGUAUAUGUAAAGAAAAUACAAAUGAAAAAAGAAAAAAACAGAGAAAUAAGAAUUGUGCGCUCUUAUAUAUUCGAAAGCAUAAACAUUCAAAAAAAAAAUAUAUUUCAAACUGCAGUUUUAAUGCAGCAAUUGUUCCGUCCGUUAAAAAAAUUCAUCUUUCAGAACGCUUUGUUGUAGAAAUUUCAAUUUACACGUAGAUUAAUUAGGUUUAUAAAAUAUAUAAGUAUGCAGAAAUACAUGACAUGCAUUCACAGUGUUAUUAUAUAAAAACACUUUUACCCCUGUUGCACGAAUAUUAAUCUGAACUAAUUGACUGAAUAUUAUUUUUGUAUUGUAACUCGAUUUAAAAAAAAGUUUAAAAAAAUUGAGAAAUUUCGAAAAAAAUGUCAGCGACAAUGUCAGAAACACAAUGGAAAAUCGAAAUUUAGCGUCAAUUUUAUUAUUUAAUAUUUAUGAAUGUUGACAAUGUCGGAGAUGUUUUAGUUUUUUUAAAAACAAUUUUAAUUUAAUGUCUUCCAAAUUUGAUAAGUGACAAUAUUUUUCUUGAAUUAAUUUUCGUUUCAAAUGAUUUGAAUUUUAAUGGACAUUUAUUUUUAUAAAAUGAAAUUUUAGUUUUGAAAAAUGUUUUUUAAAUUUACUUUUUACAAACUUUUUUACUCGAUUUAUUUAUUUAAAUUUUUUUAAUUUUCUAGUUAUGGUAUUUUAUUUUGUGUCACUUUUCCUCGCAACAUUUGACUGAGAUUUUCUUUUGCUGGCCAUUUCUGACAAAGCAAAAUGUGUAAAAAUGAUAAAUUAUUUUUAGUGAUGUCUAGCGAAUGCUCUGCAAAAAGAAAAUAUUUUCAAUGUGAAAAAAAUGAAAGGAAAAAAACAAAUUAUUGAGCAACUAUUUUUUUCGUCGGCUGAAAAUUUAAUUUAAAAAAUCACGCGACAAGCGUACAUAAUAAUUUUUUUCUUGUUUUUGUAAAUGUAUACCGAGCGAUCAUACAAAUGUAGCAAUAGCGAAAAAUUACUUUUGUAAUCCAGAACUACGGAUAUGUUAUAAGUGGUUCGGGCUAAGGUCAGCAGCUGUUGAGAUUAUUCAAGGUUGUGUGUAUUAUUAUAAGUAUUUUGAAUUGUUGAAUAGUUAAUAGCGUUAAGCGAUCAAAAAGCGAGGUGAAAAAUCUCAUUUACUCGUCACCAGGGCUUUAGUCUCUAUAUUAUAAUAUUUUUUUGCAAACGAGACAAUCUUAUUAAAUUGCAUCAUACGUAUUAAAAUUAUAUUUGAUUAGUCCGUUUCUAUAUAUAUAUAUAUAUUUUUAUUUCUUUUUUGUCAUAAUAAUAUGUGCCCUGUACCAUCGAUCAGAAUAGUUUUUUUUUUCUUUUUUUAUGUUUUACUAUAUUUGUAUUGGAGUCUCGUCCACCUGCUCGACACUGCAGGAUCUUUAUUUAUAUACAUAUACUAUAUAUUGAACAUCAAUUAUUGAUUUUUAAGUGAAACCUCCCAUGACAGGUGUACCUAAUUUAUACGUGUAACAUUGCAUUACGAGUAUAACAAGCGAUGGCAUUGUGUUUUUCCUAUAUUUUUUUUAUAUCAUAAAAUAAACAAUAACGCUGUUAGAUUUUAUAAGCUAUUUAUUCGGCUGCUAUGUGAUUUGUUAAAAAUUAUUUUCAAAACUUUAAAAAUAAAAAGAAAAACUCAUGAGUGCCCAAAAAUCUUAGAUGAAAGUCAUACUCAGUAAAAAUUGUUUACUUCGAUAUUUUGUAGAAAGGAAUUUAUAAGAAAAAAAAACCAAUAUUUGUAAAUGUAUGACAAUCAUCUGAGAAAUUUUUUCUAAAAAAAAAAAUAAAAAUUAAAAAUAAUGUAAACUGUGUCUAUUGUUCAGAUUUUGUAACUUAUAACAAAAAAAAGAAAAUGUUAUUUGAUAUUUUUAUUAAAUGGAAAAUUUUGUCAGAGCAAAAGACACAGAUUUCGAAUGGGGGCGAUGGACCAGAAUGUAGAAAUUAUUGCGUUUGCUAUAUUUUAAAAGGUACGCAUUAAUGAACUUUUGAAAGAAAUGCUAAAUCGAAGCUGUAUGAUAAUUGAGAAUCUGAGAAUUUAAUUAACGUUAACAUGUUUAUUACUGGGGGGGGGCAUCGUAUGCAAGGGCAUUGUUGUGAUACCACAGACGCAGCUUCAUUAAAUCUUCAAUAAAAAUAAUGUGUUAAUA